AUGGAGAAGGCGACGAGAGCGGCUCGCGCGGCGAUCGCAAGAGACCAGGUACGCCGGGAGCGCUACUACAACAAACGCGUCCGUCAGGCAACGACGUUCAAAGUAAGAGACUUAGUGUGGGUGCUGAGACCGCCACGAGGUCAGGGCGUUACAAAGUUGGCACACCGGUGGGUCGGACCGGCCAAGAUUGUACAAAGUGCGGGAUUUGACAAUUGGGAAGUUGUCCGUGAAGACAACGGCGAGAGAAUGGUUGUUCCCUGUAGCUUCCUAGUGUCGAGCAGAUGCUCGAGUAACUCGCUGGGUGUGGUGGCGGACCGCAUCCUGGCAGAGCUAGCCGCGAAGGAGGACGAAACGGAGGAACGAGACGGUGGUACGACAAUGCAGCAGGAGCCGUUGGCAGUGGCGGCCGCGACCGGCAGAGAAGACGGGGGUGGCGAACGGCGAGACGGAGAGCAACGUCCAGGUGGGUAG